AUGUUACACCGCUGACCAGAAUCUGAACUUUCCUCAUCCAUCAGCCAAAGCUCACCCCAUAUCCCUAAGAUUCGCUGCCGUGGAGACCAGGGCUUUCGAACCGUCCAUCCUUCUCGUCGAAAUUUCGUCCAAACCACUGUUUCCGCUGUGGACCUUUCGUCAACAGAACCGUCUUGCACCUCAUCAACCCCCUCCAUUGAUAAUAUCACUGCUUUACUUCAGUCUUCUUCGAGACGCCGAUUCCUUGAACCCUCAGACUACUACUACUAUCUCCAUCAAAGCCACAGCCAUCAUCAACGCCAGAACUAUCAUCAUGGUGAGAGAUUCCGACGCGAGGCUGCUCCAAAUAAAACCACAUCGGAGACUGAUUUGGAUGCGGCUUCGAUUAUCCCGGGAUUUUCGGGAUAUGCUGACUUCAGCCAUCACAAUCAGCGCCAUCGACGCUUUGGCACAGUUCAACCACCCGAUUUCUCUCGACUUGGCGUUAGUAGCAGUGGCGGUGGAAUUUUCGACCGUCUACGCAGUCUUCUAAACCUUGAAGACGACGACGAGGAGGUGGAAGAUGAUAUAGAUUCUGCCUCUGGUUCCUCCUCCCUUCCACAGAUUUUUCCUCCCCUCAUACCUUCUUCUACCACUACUUCAGUUGCCGCGUCAACUGCUACUAUGAACUCGAGUUCAAUUCAUUUACUUCGUGGGCAUUCGCCGACUAUAAAAAAGGCACAUUCUAGUGAGGCCACUCUAUCGGCAUUCUCGAGUAAUUUGUCGUCAAUAGGAGAUCAAACUAAAAGUGUCGGAGGUAUGUCAAAUUGCCACUUUCUUUCAUAG